UACCAUCAAAAGAGAGAGUUCAUUCUUUUUUCUUUUUUUUUUUCCGUUUUUAUUGGUACCAGGGAUUGAACUCACGACCGCACACUUGCAAGGAAGGCACUUAUGCCGCUGAGCUAAAUCCCCAGCCCCCAAGAGUCUGUUCUUAACUGUGCUAUUAAAAUUUUAUUAAUUGUGGUAUCUCUCCUGGCUCCUCCCCAUGCCCCCUGUUUAAAUUUCAGUGUGGCUGCUUAAUUUCAUGGCUCAACUUGCUUCCUUUUACUUAUUUUAUUUUUUGGGUGGCUAGCACAUGUGAUAGGCACGUGAUAACCAGUGAGCUAUACCUCUGGCCCACUUUUAUUAUGACAGUAGAACAUGCAUAAUAGAAAAUUUCCUAUUUUAAAUUUAUAUUUCAGGAACAUUUAGUGCACUUAUUUGGGCAACCAUCAACACAUCUAUCUCCAAAAUGCUUCCCUGCUCCCCAGCUGAAAGUCUAUUCCUUUCUUUUUCUUUUCCUUUUUUAAACUGGGAAUCGAACUUAGAACAUUGUGCUUGACAGGGAGGUGCUGUGCUACUGAGCUACACCCAUGGCCCUCUAUACCCGUUUCAGACUGACUCCUCUUGCUCCCCUUUAACAGAAACUGGUAACCUUUUUUCCACUUUUUGUCUCUGAAUUCGACUGUUCUGUGUGCUUCCAUGUAAGUGGAAUCAUAGUGUUUGCCCUCUGUGUCUGGCACAGUGUCUUUCAGGUUCGCCUGUGUCACAGCAUGUGGCACAUCCUUUUUAAGGCUGAGUACUAGUCCAUUGCAUGUAAGGGCCACAUCUUGCUUAUCCAUUCCUGAUGGGCACUUGGGUGGCUUCCAGUUUUCAGUGAUGGAAUAGGGCUGCUAUGAACAUGACCGUUCGAAUAUCUAUUCCAGACACACAGUUCUCGGUGUUCAGUUCUUUCGGGUCUGUACCCAGAAGUGGGAUUGCUGGACCCCCUGGUAAUUCUCAGUGUAGUUUUUGAGGAACUACCACACAGCUUUCCACAGCAGCUGCACCAUUUUACAUUCCCGCCAGCAGUGCCCAAGGGGUUCCAGUUUUCCCACAUCCACACCAGUGUUUGCUUUCUGUGUUUCUCAUAGUCACCAUCUUGAUGGGCAUGAAAAGGCACCGCCCUUUCUUGUGUACUCUGUCACCCCCUUUUUUGCAACUGCCUCGUUAAACUCAGGUCAACAGCCAAACUCGUCCCACCUCUCCUAGCGCUCUCCUGAUGUCAUAGCUGGGGCCAUCUGUGUCUUCCUCCUGCUGUCCCACUGGCUGUAGGCCCAUCCCUUCCUCUCUUCCCCAUAUGUACAGGCUGACAUUUUGUCUCUUGCCCAGAUUAUUGUCCUCUCCCUGUUCUGUCCUAACCACCCGGAGGCCUUGUUCCCUGGCAUCUGAGUCAGCUUUCCAUCGCCCACCAGAGGAAGAGGGCAAUGUCCAGCAGCGGCCACCUCUCAUAGGCCUAGCGGUGUACCAGGUGGCCUGCACCCCAGGCUGAGUGCCGUUUGAUAGAUGAACAGGCAGGUUCCGAAGACAACGCUGAGGUCACAGCUAGUAAGCAGUAAACCGGGGUUCAUACCAGUUCAAGAGCAGCUCUUCCAUCCUCGGCACAAACCUUAAUAGUUCACGUGCGUUAGCCAAGAGAAGCACCAAUGAGGGACAUGCAUAAGGGGAGAUGGCAGUGGCUAGGGAGCUGGGAGCUGGACCUGGCUUUCUGCCUCUGAUGUCUGUCUACGGCCAAUCCCCAUCUCUCCAAGUCCUUGGCCUGACAAGGUCCUGUACCGCUGUUUGCAAAGUGUUUGCCAGCCUUACUCUCCCCCUACUACCUCAUCCCUUGCCCCAGGGCAGACGGUCCCCCUUGCUCUUACAGUUCUGAUGUUUUAGCCAGCCUUCCCUGCCCCAAAUCAGUUGCUACUUUCUCCCUGAAACCUGUAUUUCUGCAUAUUGGAAGAAAUCCUGAGCCAGUCUUAAGCUCCUGCAACACUGACUGCACAGCUCACCAGUACCCUUCUGGAGAGAUGCAGCCCUCCCACAGCUGAGCCCCGCUGAGUAAACAACACCUUGUCUCCCUGCAGGGAGCGCCUUGCAGAUCACUGCAAUGUCCCCUAGCUGCAGUUUAAAAAGUGGGGGGAAGAAAUGCAUGAAACCCAGGAGCCGAAAGGAGCUUAGGCACCAAGCGUUUCACACAAGGAUUUCCGCUGUGCCUGUUUCCCUUUGUCUGCGUCCCUGACUUCCCUGCGUCCAUGCGUCUCUGAGAGGGAGGAGAGCUCCCUUCAGCCUAUGCUCCCUUAGCCAAAUUACUUCCAGCCUGAACUUGGAAAGUCAAACUAACAACCAGGAAAACAGCCACCUGUGUUCAGCUUGGGCUGAAGAGGUGUGGAGGCUCUUUGGGAUUUGAUUCCACACAGCCUGUCUGAAGGUACAGAGAGGGAGAAGGGCUCAGUGAUGACCCAAGGUGAAGCGGCUCCUCCUGGCCCGAGUCCUGUACCUGCUCUUCCCUGUGGUACAGUAACCUGGCCUCCAGAAAAGGCAGAGAUUUCUUCCCCAAGGCAGGUAAGUGUCGGUCUUGUCUGUGUGUCCAGCUCAGAGCUGGUACACUACUGCUAGCAAAUAAAUAAUUGGAGGAAAGAGCAGGCAGUGGGAAAGGGCUCCCACUCUCAUCUGCUGCCCAGAGCCAGAAGGCGCAGGAGGCAGGGCUGCGCCAUGACUGGGCUACCGCAGGCAGCCUCUAGGCCAAGACCAGUGACCUUCCUGCCAAUCAACCCAGAAAUGGUGCUGGUUGCGAGCACGAGGACUCAUCCCUAAGAGUUCUCUCGCUCUGCUGGCCCCAGAUGAGAUGGCCCGGGGCAUAGGCCUCAUCCCUUAGAUCCCUGGCCCCCGCUCCUCACAAUGUAAAAAAUAGGGACAGCUAAAGAGUACUCUGUCCUGUGCUGGGACUGCCAGGUCAAAGGUGGUCAGUGGUUCAGUGAUGCAACAAUAUUUGUCAAUUACCUGUCUGCACUGGGGCCUCGAGAUAAAGCCCAAGGACCGCCUCCAAUAAUUUCUCAUGUAGGUGGGACAGAGGUUACUGUAACACACCAUGGUCUGCGUGGUCGGAAGGCACCAGGCCAAGACCCAAGGGCCUCAGAUAGGCCUCUAGGAGGAAGUGACAUCCAAGCUGAAGUCCAAAGAACAAUCUGUAAUUCGUCAGAGGUCAAUGGGGAAAGAGUGUCCUGGGCGAAAGGGACAGGAUGUACAAGACUUAGACACAACACCGUGAUGUGGCCCUCGGUGGUGGGCCAGGGAAGGAGUAGAACCUGUCUUGAGGGCCCUGGUGAGGCAGCAAGCCAUUUGCAAGGAAGCACUUGGAAGGUGCCACUCAGCGGUGGUCCUGGAGGGAGACCUGAGCCAGGCAGGCUGAGCAGGGAUCGCCCCAGGCUGGAGGUUGGCCACCAGAUGGCGCUGGAGUGGCCUAGCAGCACUGCUCGGGAAGACCCUGAGGACAGAGCUUUUCUAUGUGCGGCUACAUAGUUCAAGGCCAGCCUGAACUACACAGUGAGACCCUGUCUCAAAAAACAAAGCAAAAUGGGCUGGGGAUGUGGCUCAGUGGUAGAGCCCUUGCCUUGUAUGCACAACAUCCUGAGUUCAAUCCCCCCAGCACAAAAACAAAGCUAGAGAAAAGAGGGCUCUAAAAGGGACCAAGCACAAGCCCACCACGUUAACCAAUAGAUCCCUAAACAUAAAGUGAAGGGUGGUGUAGCUCAGUAGCAGAGCUCUUGCUAGCAUGGUUGUCCUGUGGUUUUCAGAUUGACUCAUCUUCCAGACUUAUCAUAGAUCAGACCGCAUCCCAUGCCCUGUGACAGCAUGGUGACUGACGAGUGGGGAGGGCCCUGGUGGAAGUGCAGACUUGUCUGGGUCACUGAGGGGACAGGUGUGCUGCAUUUGGAGAAGAGAAAGUGGGAAGAGCAGCCACUCACCAGGGAGGUAAACAGAAGACAGAGAAGGGGUCAAUCAGAUGACGCAAGCUGGCAGGGUAGAACUCCAAACAGGGCUUGCCCAUGGGGACCCCAGUGAUACAGGACAUCAGUGGGGAGAGUCUGAGGGGUCACAGAAGUCAAGGGCGUGGGGCCUCUUAAAAUGAGGGAUGACUCUGCAGCCUACAUGGGCCUCUGCACACACCAACUGGGGACCUUCCUCCAGAUAGUGCACCCCUGGAUGGCCUCACUUGACAUGAUUCUGAGCACCUGUGUGUUAGGAGUCAUUGUGACCACAGGCACAGCGCAGGCUCCCUUCAAAAGCAAGGCUCCAAGCCUGCAGGCAGAAGUGAGAAAACACUGGAUGCUUUGAGAAAGGCACAAGAGGCUGAAUGCAGUAUAAGCACCAUGAUUCUGGAAGAAUAAAUGGGCCAAGGGAAGAAAGCCGGCUGGGAGGCCACCAGGGUAGACUGGGAGGGAGGGGCUAGGAGGUGGAGGAGGCAGAACAAGGGUCAGCAGGGAGGAAGCCAGGACCUGCUGACUGUCCGUCCAGCAGGGAAGGGAGAGGGAAGAGCGGUGGAACAAGCUGGGACCUGACCAGGAGACACAGAGGACAGAAGACUCUAGGUGAACAAGGAGGUGGCAGCCAGCAGCUGUGGCCCAGAGGAAGUGGACAGCUCUUAGGGGGGCCCAGAAAACGGCAUCGGCAGCUACCCAGACUCCGUGCUCCCCCUGCAAAACUUACCUGAAGGCUAAGUCUGUGCCUCUCACACACAUCCUCAGUUCAGAUGCCCUGUGCCCCGCUCCCCGGGCAGCUCUGCACCUCCCCCUCCAUCCCUGAAGUGACCAUAACUCUUUUCAAGUCUGCAGUGUGCUCACACUGCCGCCAAGUCCAAAAGCUCAAGGCUGAAAACAAGAGCAGCUGACGCCUUAACUCGUGGCGACCCACUGUCCUGUUAAGCACCACCUCUUCCUGCCCACCAGCCAGGGCAGCGGCUGCCCCUAAGAGCCAUUAGCCCUGUGUCCUGCUACCCACCAGUGGCCGCUGUCCUCUGCAGAAUGUCCAGCCAGGACUUAAGCAUCGCUGCCAAGCUCAUCAAUGGAGGAGUAGCAGGAUUCAUGGGGGUGACCUGUGUGUUCCCCAUCGACUUGGCCAAGACCCGGCUGCAGAACCAGCAAGGGAGAGACAUGUACAAAGGAAUGGUCGACUGCCUGAGGAAGACAGUGCGUGCGGAGGGCUUCUUUGGCAUGUACCGAGUAAAAGAAGCCCUGCUGCCGCCUUGGGAAGCUGCCCCUUGGGGGGACCCGGCAGCUCACCUCUGCUCCCUGCCAUCAGGGGCCGCAGUGAACCUUGCCUUGGUCACUCCGGAGAAGGCCAUCAAGCUGGCAGCCAACGACUUCUUUCGGCAGCUGCUCAUGGAAGAUGGCGCGCGGCAGAACCUGAAGAUGGAGAUGCUAGCCGGAUGCGGGGCUGGAAUGUGCCAGGUGGUAGUUACCUGUCCCAUGGAAAUGCUCAAGAUUCAGAUGCAGGACGCGGGACGCUUGGUGGGGCACCCCCAGGGCUCAGCUGCAGCGUCCCCAUCCUCCAGGUCCUACAGCACAGGCUCAGCUUCUACCCACGAGCGCUCCUCUGCCACCCUCACUGCCCGGGAGCUGCUGCGCACACAGGGCCUGGCUGGUCUCUACAGGGGUCUGGGAGCCACCAUCCUCAGAGACAUUCCUUUCUCCAUCAUCUACUUCCCGCUCUUCGCCAACCUCAACCACCUGCGAGUCGGCGAGCACUCCGGGAGGGCCUCCUUCGCGCAUUCUUUCGUGUCAGGCUGCGCUGCAGGCUCUGUGGCUGCGGUCGCGGUCACACCCCUGGACGUUCUGAAAACUCGAAUCCAAACCCUGAAGAAAGGCCUGGGUGAAGACAGCUACAACGGGAUCGCCGACUGCGCCAGGAAGCUCUGGACCCGGGAGGGCCCAGCAGCCUUCAUGAAGGGAGCAGGCUGCCGCGCCCUCGUCAUUGCGCCCCUCUUCGGCAUCGCCCAAGGCGUCUAUUUCCUUGGUAUUGGGGAGCUCGUCUUACGGGGGUUACAGUAGCUCUUGCUGGGUGCAAGGCCCAUGUCCUAGUCUGGAGAGGUGACAGGAGAGGAAAGCAUCCGCCUCUAGCGCUACCUGUGCCUCAGACACAGCCCUACUCCAAUAGGCAAGCCAGCCCCCCAAAGCUGCAUCUGUGUCCUGUGGCAGUGCAGCUACAAGGCCACUCAGAGGCCCCUCAACAGCGCUGGCCUGGGCUGGCUGCACAGUCCUGCCAGCAGGGAACGCACAGGGCCCUUCCCGCAUUUCGCACUGCCUUUCCUCAUUCGAGCUCGGUGCAGAUGAGUCAAGAGAGGAUUUAGUGUUGUUAGUCUCAAGUUAACUAACCUAUGGUCAAGUAGUAGCACUGAUGUUAAAGAGAGGGGUCAGGGCCCCAAGGGGACCAGGGCCGGCAUCACAGACAUGGCUGGAGCCAGCAGCUGCCUUGCUGGGUCCUCCCGAUGACACCACGGGACACCGGCUGAAAUAAAGCUCAAUGCAGAGGAA